CAGUAGACACAUUUUAAAUGUAGGUGUAGAUGCAUGACGCGUUCGGAAUUCCGUGAUCAGAAGGCUAUGAUCAGAAUACUAAAGCUGCAUGAAUUGUUAAGUCUGGACACGGCCUUAUAGCUCUACAUCCACACAUGUCAUGUCACAUUUAGACCAGUUUAGGGUAUUCGUAUUUUGGGAAAUUAAAAACAGACUGAUUAAGAUGCGUAAGAUUGGACCACUCAGUGAUACUGUACUGGAUGUUCAUGCAACAUAGUCAUAUUAAGUAUUUUGAGUAACCCUUUGUGUGCGUGCGUGUGUACUUGUGUUUGGAAAACAGAUCUACGCUCCAGGUAGUGACAGUAAGAAGGGGAAUAGUUCACAGUGAAGAUUUCUCCACUCAGUGAAAUUCAACUUUUAAUCCAGGUCCUGACCUGUAAUUUGCCUGCUUGCCCUCCUGCCUGCCUGUCUAUGUAACAGUCUUUCCCCUUCAGUGACCUUGUGUAACACUACAAUAUGUAAAAACAAAGUUGGGUCAACCAAGACUAUUAAUCCCUCUCAUAUGUCUCCCUCUCACACAUUCUCCUUAUAAUAAUGUUUUUUAAACUCUGCCUGGAUCAUUUGAUUCUGCUGUUUAAGUUAUUACAGAUUGUAUUUUUACCACUGUAUAUUGUUUACUCUCUGCUCACUCCCUUUUUCUCUACUACAGAGUCUCUGUUGAAUAUAGCUGUGGAAUGGAUUUACAGCCAGUAGAAAGGUGAUGCGGGUAGAACACCAUAUUGGAAAGCGACUGUCAACUUUGCCUGUAGGUGUUCAAAGCUAACACCAUGCCAUAAGGAACUGUGUGCUGCAACAAUUUUACUGUGGGCUGGAACUAUUAUUUUGGGCUGGAAAGAGGACCCUCUCCACUUUCAACAUGCUGAUAGCUAACAAUAGCAUUUUCAGCGAGCUCUUCCAAUGUCUCUGGCCGAUAGCAGGCCUCCUCAAUCAGUGGAAUAGUCCUUAAUUAGGAACAACAAACCCACUACACCUGCAUCUGCUCUACAUAAACACAUAUAUUGGACACAUCAAGCUGCCGUGCAGAAGCUCAAGCCGGCAGCUGGCAGCUGGCACCUCUGCAUGUGUGCACCGGUGUCUGUAUAGUUAGUGUGUAUGUUUCCAAGUCUGCAUGUGUAUGUGAGUGUGCGCCACCUUGGAUCCUCCUUGGAGCCGCACACAGCCCGGGCGCCCAGCCUUCGGCCCGGAGAUGCUGCAGACCAACAACUACUCCCUGGUGCUGCUGAUCCAGUUGAGCCUGUUGACCUUUGACCUGUUCGUCAACUCCUUCAGCGAGCUGCUGAGGGCCGCGCCCGUCGUCCAGCUGGUGCUCUUCAUUAUCCAGGACAUAGCCAUCCUGUUUAACCUGAUCAUCAUUCUGCUGAUGCUGUUCAACACCUACGUGUUCCAGGUGGGCCUGGUGUCCUUGCUGCUGGAACGCUUCAGGGCCCUGCUGCUGCUCUCUGCCCUCUAUCUGACCCUGAGCAUCUCCCUACACUCCUGGAUCAUGAAUCUACGCUGGCUAAAAUCGAACCGCUAUGUGUGGACUGAUGGUCUCCAAGUGAUUUUUGUCUUCCAAAGAAUAGCGUCCGUGUUGUACUACUACUUCUACAAGCGCACCACAGAGUACCUGGGUGACCCUCGGCUCUAUGAAGACUCGCCUUGGCUCAGAGAUGCCUUUGCCAAUGCCAGGGCCCGCCAGUGAGCAAAGAGCAGUGUGUGGAGAUGAAACUGGUAUGGACAGAUCCAAAAUAGACCCCUCCCCGUCCCCCGGACACAGAGAGACACUGCUACGUGCAGAGCUGAAAUAGACGCUACAGUGCACAGUCCUGGGCUUAUAUGGAGGGAAGAACCAGAGGGAAGACCUCUGUGCUCUAUCAGACAUGGGUAAACUUUAACAAGGAGGGUGAAAAAUGAGAUUCUGCUUGGAUACAGCAAGCCACUUGUACUGUAAGAGGCAAACUGGUUUAGGGCCUUGAUUAAUGGACAGAAUGUUAUACCAAGAUGACUGUGAUGCUAAAAUGUGGGAACUCAUAGUUUGAUGUGACAUUGACACAACAAGUAGUAUUUUUUUCCACACUUUGAAACCUUGUGACUGGGUUUGUCUGUGUUAUUUAGCUAUCAAUGCAAUUAUUGUCUUUGUUGUUUUUUAUGUGGGAUGAUUUGUGAGUUUGUGUGCCAGAUUUUCUUGUGAAGAUGACUGGAAAGAAAAACAAUGUUUUAUGUGUUUAAAAUGCUUACUUUUGUCCUGCUUUUUGUACAAAUGUAUUAAACAAAACCCAGACGAUGCACA